AUGGCAGCCAUAGGUCCAUCGCUCCCACCAGGACUGACGACAAGCGAGCGCAAGCGCAAACGCGACGAUGAAAACCAUUCGUCUCAUGCAAAGCCUAAAAGGGCACGAAGCUCCUCUCAAGAACCACCUACUUCACAACAUACAGACGCUCAGGAUUCAUCUCUUCUAGCCUCCAAUCAGACCACCACUACGACUCCAUCAUCUCCCCAAAAACAACCCCGUAUAAUUGGCCCUGCCGCCCCUCCAGCGCCGCUCUCACAACUUCCCUCUCAUCCCCCAGACUCCCCUCCACGUACGCACAGCCCCCUCAACUCAAAAUCCCCCAACUUCAACCGCCCUCCCUCCGAUCUCAGCCCCGACUCUGACUCAGACUCCGAUAUCGGCCCCUCCCUUCCCUCCGCCAACCCACUCCCAACCCACCAGAGCCAUCACGGCCCCUCCCUUCCCCAAGAAGAGCCACAAGCUCCCGCACCAGCGAAAGCCCAGCGUGAAGAAUGGAUGCUCGUCCCUCCGACCUCAUCCGAUUGGACUGCCCGCGUCGACCCAACGAAGUUGAAGAACCGGAAAUUUCAAACGGGGAAGAGCGCUACUUCGCGGCCUCCUGGCGGGGGUGGGGCAAAUGGCGGGAUCGACAGCGUAUGGACAGAGACGCCGGAGCAGAAGCGGAAGAGGCUGGAGGAUGAGGUUUUAGGCGUUUCGGGUGGGGGUGGUGAUAGUGCGCGAGGAGGAGGUAGUGGUGGGAGAGUAGGUGGGGAAAGUGGAGACAGGGAAAAGAAGAGGAAGAGAGAAGAGAAAGAUCGGGAGACGGAACGGAAAGUCAGGGAGUAUAAUGAGAAAAUGAGACGAGGGGGGAGUUUGAUGGAUGAGCGGAAGAACAAAGGCCGCGUUGAUGUGAGUGGGAAAGCGGAGGGGCGAGGUGCAGGGGAGGAGGCAGGGGGGAAGGAAGAGGAGAAAGAGGACGACCCUAGCGCAAGGGCGUUUGAUAGAGAGAAGGAUAUGGCAUUAGGCAUGAAGAUCGGGUAUAAAGCCAAAUCAGACAUGGCGAAGAAAGCGAAGGAUUUCGGGGGAAGGUUCGCUGGUGGUGGAUAUCUAUAA